UUGCGGUUAAGACUCAAAGGAAUGCAGUGUAAGUUGUGAGUUAACGGCUGAACAGGAGGUCAGUUCACUGACACACAAAUAGCUUCUGUGGUUUCGGCCGUAUAUCCUGUUUUCAUAGGCGCCUUUAUUCUUUGUGCCAUAAUUUUAAUCCGUUUUGCUAGAAGUUAUCGAAAACAGUGACAUUUGUGACUAAAAUGUAACAUAGUCUAAAUAUGGAUAGAGCUGAAGAAACGUCGGAUGUUUUGUUUAAGUUUACAUGGAACCCUAACAGAUGAAAGCAGAAAUGAUUUGACUGAACAUAAACAAUUUUAGAACCAAAACUAUCAGUGUAUUCAUCGAUGGACAACACAAGACAUCUGAAAAUGUCACAGCUGGCUCUGCAAGGCUACAAAAUAAUUAAGAAAAUUGGGGAGGGGACAUUUUCAGAGGUGGUGAAAACUCAGAGCCUGAAAGAUGGGAAGUUCUACGCAUGUAAAACUAUGAAGCAGACGAUCAACAGUGUGGAGCAGGCCAACAACCUGCGGGAAGUUCAGGCAAUGAAGAGACUGAGCCCGCAUGCAAAUAUCAUCCAGCUACAUGAACUGAUUUUUGACAAAGAAACGGGGAUCGUGUCUUUGAUUUGUGAGCUCAUGGAGAUGAACAUCUAUGAGUUCAUACAAGGAAGACAAACUCCACUGCCUGACCACACAGUAAAACAUUACAUGUACCAGCUUUGCAAGUCACUUGAACAUAUGCACAGCUGUGGGAUCUUUCACAGAGAUGUGAAGCCAGAGAACAUUCUCAUCAAACAAGAUGUUCUGAAGCUUGGUGACUUUGGCUCAUGCCGAAGCGUGUACUCCAAGCCCCCCCACACAGAGUACAUCUCCACACGCUGGUACAGAGCCCCAGAGUGCCUCCUCACUGAUGGGUAUUACAGUUUGAAGAUGGAUAUCUGGAGCGCUGGUUGUGUCUUCUUUGAGAUUAUGAGCUUAAAUCCUCUUUUCCCUGGGACCAAUGAGUUGGAUCAGGUGGCUAAGAUCCAUGAUGUGUUGGGGACACCAGAUCAGAGUCUCCUCCAAAAGUUCAAGCAGUCUAGAGCGAUGCAUUUCAACUUCCUUCCUAAGAAAGGCAGUGGAAUCUCACGAUUAAUCCCCAACUGCUCAGCCCCAGCUCUGUCACUGCUGUAUCAGAUGCUCGCCUACGACCCCGAUGAACGCAUCACUGCAGAAACAGCCCUGCGGCACACAUACUUUAGGGAAAUCAGGGUGGCUGAGAGGAAAGCUGACACUCUUCACAGAGUGUCUGGAGCUGCAGACCGAGUAGAGAGUAGUGGGACACACACCUCCUUAGAACACAAGUUUGUUUGGCAUCCAACCAAACUUGGCAAGCAGCUAAGAGGAAGACAUACAAGACAAACACCCUUAAUGAGCCACAACAUGAAACAUGUAGCAGAGCCUGUCAUCAGACGGAACGUCCAUUAUCCUACAGAAUUGCCCAAGCUCAACAUCGUUGUACCAGGGCCACACAUCUCCUUCCCGGUCUCCACUGUGCCAGCAUUUACUCUCGCUCACCGAGGCACCCUGCCAGCCAUCACAUCAAAAAAGUGCCAGUCACGGGUGGCCAAGCCCCGGGAUGAGUCACACCAUGCAGCUUUCAAGACCUACUACAUGCCUCCCCUGGAUAGGAAACAUGGAGGCUACUGAGAGCCAAACACUUGAACAUUUCAUUUUAAAUUCCCUCUUAAAACAGGAUAGACAUGGACUGAUAAAGAGAUUGUCAAAAGGACAAGGUUUAGACAGGCCUGAUGUUGAAAUCUCUGAAGCAACACAGCGAUGUGUGUGUGGGGGAAAAGCAAUGAAGCCUAUCAUUGUCAGUUAGGACUAGUAAAACAAACUGUUAACCCUCAUUUUAACAAUGAAACUCAGUAUAAUGUCUACACAAACAAUAUAAUUUGUCAUUAUGUUGCAGCGAGAUUGUAGUUUAGUUAUGACCUCAAUUUUACUCGACCUACAUGUUUAUAACUGCUUAGGCAUACUUCAGUCUGCGCCUAUUACAGUACACAAGCUAAGCAAUAAGAUGUAAAGUGACAAGCUGUAAAUCAUAGUGGUCAUGGCCAAAAGUACUGGCACUCCUACAUUUCUGUCAGAUAACGCAAUACUUCUCUUUCUGGGAGAAUCAGUGUGUUAUCUGACAGAAAUGUAGGAGUGCCAAUACUUUUGGCCCUGACUGUAGUAUACCUUUUGGUGAGGAGCACAAGCUUCCAGCAAAACCGCAGGGUGCCUUUAAAACGUAGUCACACCCCUUGGACUUGUUCUGGUUUUACAAUUUUGAAUCACACUUGAUUAAUACAAUUUUGAUACUGAUCAGAAAACAAUUUUUCAAAAUGGACACAAUUCUCUACAAACUGACCUAAAUUAGGUGCAAAUAUAAAACAUUAUGUGUAAGUAUUCAUCAUCCUUUGCUGUGACUCACCCAAAAGAUUACAAAUAUUUUUAAAGGAUUAAAUAUUUAAUUGAAUACGGUCACCUGCAUGUAAUUGGUGCAAAAACUAUGUAAAUCAGGAAGAUCCAACUGCCAGUAAUUCAAUAUCCUGGUAAAAUUUGCAUCAUGAAGGCAGACAAACAAAUCUCCAGUGAGGUUAUUUAAAAGUUCCAGUCGGGGAAAUGAUAAGAACCUUUCCCAUGCAUGGAAAUAAUAUACUGAGAAAUUCUGGAGUAGUUUGUUCCAGUCUGAAACCGCAGAGAAGAUUUAAUUUUCCAGCAGAUACAGGGCUCCAAAUAUAAAGUUGAAACUACACUGGAGUAUGUUAAUGUCCUGGAGUAGCCAAGUCAUAAUCCAGGCCUCAAACCAAUCAUUAAUUUGGUGCAGGACUUAAAAAAAAAAAAAAAAAGCUACUUCAGCCUUAUAAGACAAAUAUUGCACAGAGUGGCUUUAAUUAAUCAGCUGUGAUUCAAAGUUGUAAGCCAAUAAAACAUAGAAAAACAACAUGGGCAGGGUUGAAUACGUUUUAUAGGCAUUACAUAUUUGUGACAUCUCCUUCCAGAAGCUGUGAAUAAGUUUCACAUGGGAUAAACUGAGAUGAAGGGCACUAGUCUUCCUGUACAAAGGUAAACAGCAAAACAUUCACAUUAAGUGCUACACAAUUAUAAGCCACAAAAUUGCAGUUGAAUAAUUUAAAGGCACAUUUCGUGAUCCAGAUGUAAACUGAGUAAACACCCCUAUGUAGGCCACAACACAUAACUGGAACAGUUAUACACACACACACAAAAGAAACUUUUAGAUUCAUGUGAAAACACCUGUAUUUCUAGAUUCAGAGACUACAGUUCGGGCUCUUAAAAAACCUGAAUCUGAUUAGUUUUGUUUUUUUUAAUGCAAUGUUAAGAACGUUACUUGGCAAGUACCCUCCUACCCCUUCAUUUGAGCCAGUGUGGCUUAAAAAAAAAAAAAAGUACCAUUUCAUUUGGAGCUGUGAGCUCAUUAAAAUUGACUGUGACUUACUCUGCACCUUAUUGUGAUGAUUACUGUGAUACAUAAUCAGUAAAAAAAAAAAAAAACCCUCUAGUAUCAUUUGUAUGAUAUUGUCAUGAACCUGCUUUACACUUUGAUCAUUUACCUAAUGUCUGCACAAACUCCUGACAAACAACUGAAAACUGAUGAAUGAGAAUCAUGAUUUUUAAUUGAAAAUGGGAAGUGCCAAAGGUGACCCACUUAAAAAAAAAAAAAUAUGGUUGCUUCAUCAGCUUUCCAUCUACUAUGCAGGUCACUGAACUCUUAAUGGCCUUUGGUUAUCACACAAAUAUAAAUAUGGCAGUAGUAGGAAUCUACUCCUUGGAUGAAUCUCAAGUUUGUCCUCAUAUCUUCCAUGUGGCUUUUGUUAAAAUCUUUUACAGAGAAAAUGAAAUUAUAGGUUUGCUUAUCUAUGUUUUGAGUCUGCGAUCAGUCAUCGACUUCCUGAACUUCAGACUUUCAUAUCUGACAGCACCUUUUUGUAGAACUACAACACUUCUUUGACAAUGUCAGCAAUUUUCAUACCAAGAGUCAGAGCUUUUUUUAUGCAAGUGAAGUCAAAAUAAGAACAGUAAACGAUAUAUUCAAGAUUAUUUUAAUAUUAUUAAUAUGUAUACUUUAGGCUUUAGAAAUAUAACUAUCAAUGACAAAACUUCCACUGGAGUAAUGGUAGUUUGCUUCGGCCCCCAUCAAAUCAGUUAAUUACAAUAUACACAUUAUGAUACAGAGCAGAUUUGAAUCUGAAAUAAUAUUAAAAUAAAUGCUCAAUAGAUAAAGGUUUUAAUAUUUUUAAUCAUUUUCUUUACCUACUGUAUUAGCCAUUUGUGAGUUCUGAGCGCACCCAAAAAUGUAAAGCCAUUUUCUUCUAACUAAUUUAAGUGCAAACAAUUUUUUUUUCUUUAAAAAAAAAAAAAA